AUGUUUAGGAAAAACAAUACUCUUACUGAAGAACAAGUUAAGUUUGUUAAAGAAAGUGAGGAAAAGUGUUACCGGCUACUACGUGAGACACAUCCCAGAGGAGCUCACUUUGCAGAAAGCGUAAAGCAUAUUCUUCAACGUGAAUUGGAAUGGGCUAGGUGGAAAAGCGAAUCAUGUCCGGCAAUGACAGAUCUUGCCGACAAACAUCCCAUGCAGCCUUACAAAAAGCGACCGCGGACAUCGUUCAACCCAGACGUCAUCGAUUUGGGCAGCGCAGAACUGAACAAGUUAUGGAGCAUUGAGCCUAAUCUUUUAGAAGCAUGCAAGAAUAAAAGAAGGAAGUUCGCACCUUCGCUGGCGGACUUUCUUCGUGAUCCUAUUGACGAGCUUGAUCCUGAGCAGCAAGUUGAAGAUCAAUAUAAAUCAACUCGAGAUCCAGCUUUUCAAUUUCGAGCAUGUCGACUUUUGAUGGCAGAGAGUUCCCAAUACAUAUCUGCUCAAUCUCAGCAGACACUUAGUAUCCCAACGUUUUUGGACAAUGUGAUACUGAAAACAGGAAAAGGAAUGGAGGAGUUUCGUGACGAGCUGCAAGAACGUGAAGAAAGACUUGCAAAAAAGGCAGUUGAAGAGUCCCUCAUGAGGAAUCGGACGAACGGUGCUGAAGGAAGUGCUUCUCCUAGUCCGGAUUAUGAAUUGAGUGAUGCAACCAUAUCCAAAUUAUCAUCUAUAUUAGCGCCCAAAUGGAAGUCAUUGGCUGAAGCCAUGGAGGUGAAGAAAAUUGAUGAUAUUAAAGGAAAAACGAAUGAAGAAUGCUGCACAGCAGUAAUCGAACAAUGGAUUGAAGCAAAUGGUAGAAGUUUCAAGAUCAUGAGAAACCUUCUGCUGAAAGCGCAUUUGUUAUCAGAAACGGUUGUAGAUCUGCUGAAGGGUCUCAAAGAUGGUGAUGAUAAAGAAGCUAGGUUAUCUCGACGACGGCGGAUGAUGGAAAGGACUGAAAUAAGCUCUGAUGAAGAGGAUGUCUCAGUAGGAGGUGAUGACCGAAUAUCGGAAGCCAGUGAAGGUGAAUACGAAAUUGAAGACAUUGCUCGUAUCAAAGCGAAGGAGUACUUGCAAAAAUUACAUGUAAGCUUUCUUCUUUCUUGAUU